UUAUCGGGAUGCGCUCAGUUUCCGCGGAUGCAAGGAAAAGAUGGAGGAGUCGGAGGUAGGGAGCGUUUAACAGCCGAGGGAUGCGGAUUAUGGAGGGUUACGCACGAUAAACGUGCACGGAUGUUUUGGGAGAUGAACGGAUUUGAACACAGCGAUUGAGAUUUGAGUGACACGGCGUCAGGAGCUGUUUUUUUGCAUUUAGGGCAUUGUUGGUAACCAGAACGUUACGUUGUCAUAUAGUUGCUUGCAUUGAUUCGAUGGAUUUCUUCGACGUAGUUAUUUGCCAUUCGUUUUUCUUCGAAAAGAAGAGCCCCGAGAUAGAUUGGGUUUUGGAAUUGAGACAUCAAAUGCGGUAACCGGUAUCUAUAUUUAAACUUCCCACACUAAGAAGGAGAAGGUGACAGUAAGGAUGACAUAGAGGACCUGCUCUUAAACGUAUGUCUUGCCUUGCGAAUGAUGGAAAUGACGGUGACAGCAGUGCAAUGAAAAACAGCGUAAUAUAGAAAACGUUAUCGCUGCAACUGAUUCUUUGCAGUUCCCGAAAUGGAUCUUACGAUGAACAAACACAUUGUAACGGUAAACCAAUGGUGAGUAGAAGCAAACACACUAAAUCCGAAAUACAAGAAAAUAUAUUCCGUAACACCACAGUAAAGCCAACGGCAUUCGGAAAUGGAGACGGUUUGUCUAGUUUGGAUGCUGUUUCUAUGGACGAUAACGGGCCUUUCGGUGGUGACCUGCUCCGUUGCUGGCCCACAACGCUCCGACUCGAUGGCUAUUCGUAUUCCCCUGCGGCAAGGCCCCCACUCCAAAGCACAGCCUGCAGUUCUGCUGCCCGCUCCAGGGGCGACUCGAAAGCGGCGAGCUGCCAGUGGCAUCAAUUUUGUGAAUAUGAUAGACAACCUCCGAGGGAAAUCUGGACAAGGCUACUAUGUCGAGAUGGCUGUAGGCAACCCAGCUCAAAAGUUGAACAUCCUGGUAGACACAGGCAGCAGUAAUUUCGCCGUUGGAGCUGCUCCUCACCCCUUUCUUCGUAGAUACUACCAUCGGUCGCUGUCCACCUCAUACAAAGACCUAGGCCGCAGCGUGUACGUUCCCUACACACAGGGCCGCUGGGAGGGGGAGCUGGGCACUGACGAAGUCUCCAUCCCCCAUGGGCCCAAUGCCUCACUGAGGGCCAACAUCGCGGCCAUCACCCAGUCUGACCGCUUCUUCAUCAACGGCUCCAACUGGGAGGGAAUCCUAGGACUGGCCUACGCUGAAAUUGCCCGGCCUGAUGAGACUCUGGAGCCCUUCUUUGACUCACUGGUUCGGCAGACCAGCGUGCCCAACCUCUUCUCCCUGCAGCUGUGUGGCGUUGGAUACACACAGAACUACAGCCUGGGCAGUGCCACAGUUGGGGGUAGCAUGAUCAUUGGCGGGACAGAUUCCUCUCUGUAUGUAGGAGACCUGUGGUACACUCCUAUUCGCCGGGAGUGGUAUUAUGAGGUCAUCAUUGUGCGCAUUGAGGUCAAUGGACAGGAUCUUGACAUGGAUUGUAAAGAGUAUAAUUACGACAAGAGUAUUGUGGACAGUGGCACGACCAACCUGCGACUCCCUCGCAAAGUUUUCCAGGCAGCAGUGAAAGCCAUUGAAGCAGCCUCCUCAACUGAGCAGUUCCCGUCGGGGUUUUGGCUGGGUGAGCAGCUGGUGUGCUGGCAGGCGGGCACCACCCCCUGGCACAUCUUCCCUGUCAUCUCUCUCUACCUGAUGAGUGAAAACCGCAACCAGUCCUUCCGCAUCUCUAUCCUGCCACAGCAGUACCUGCGUCCUGUAGAGGACGUGGCCUCGGCCCAGGAGGACUGCUACAAGUUUGCCGUGUCCCAGUCGAGCACAGGAACUGUCAUGGGUGCCGUCAUCAUGGAGGGCUUCUACGUGGUGUUUGACCGCCAAAACCAGCGCAUCGGCUUCGCUGUCAGCACUUGUCAUGUGCACGAUGAGUUCCGCACGGCCUCAGUGGAGGGCCCCUUCCAUGGCUUUGACCUUGAGGACUGUGGCUACAACAUCCCCCAGACGGACGAGUCCACCCUCAUGACCAUCGCCUACAUUAUGGCGGGCAUCUGUGCGCUGUUCAUGCUGCCAUUGUGCCUGAUGGUGUGCCAGUGGCGCUUCGCCCGUUGCCUGCGCCCGUUAACUGGCGGGGACUUUGCGGAUGACAUUUCCCUCCUGAAGUAACCCGUGUUUAUGUUUGAUAAGGGAGAUUGUCAAUCGGCAAAUGGCCACACAAACAUUAACACAAAACAAAAUGAUGUGGAGUGUCAAAAAUGAUGCACACACACACAAAUAGUGGAAAUGUCUCCUCUAUUUGUUGAGUUUAAACCUUUGUCACACAGACAUCAAAGCGCUGAUGUCUGACAUUGCAACUGUCAGUGAGGGAGGGUGCUUAUGUAUAAACAGUGUGUGUAACUGUUUUUGUGUGUUUGUGACUGUACAACAUGAGUGUGUGGCACGAAAGACAACAUAUCCCGAUCAGGGGACCUUAAGAAAUAACUGAAUAGUGAAGAAAGCUGAAUAGUUUUUGUGAUUAUGAUACCAGCCUCUUACGAAUCUCAUAUCAAGUGCUAAUGAUUCAAAAUGACCUGCUGAUGUGACCACAUAUUCUGUCAACUUACAGUAUAAAGUAACAUGGUAUAUAUGGAUGGAUCCUGCUGCUGGCUUUGUAAGUUUAUGCAUCAAAGUACUGAAGUAUGUGUAUUUAACAGAAUUAAUGACACUUUUUUAACGGUUCCUCAACAAAAUGUAAUAUUUGUCUGCUUAACAUAUCACGUUUAUUAAUGUGGGACAUUGCUUAUGCAAACGCAUGCAUUUCUAACACACACUCACCAAAACGCAGCUGUCUGUACAUCCAUACAAGCAUAAAUGUCAAAAUAUGCAAAACCAGAAUUCACAACUAUCCUUGUCAGGUGAGUUCACUGACACUGUAAGAAAAUCAGUCCAUUGAUGUUCCUCAAAGAACAUUCCAACUCCUUCUGGGUCUCCACUGGCAGGAGGAGGACAACACUGGAGCUAAGUUUUAGGAUGACACACAAGCCUGGGCACUUAACGUAGCAAAAUGCACCGUUUCUGUUUAAAGGUUUCUACUAAAUCACUGAAGGGAGCAAAGCUUUUUAGUGGACCAGGGUAGGACAUGUCAGCGAUGGAUGAAAAAGUAUAUGUAUUGACUCUAUAUUGUCUUCUAACUGGUGUAAAUAAUUUAAAAUGAUGGCCCAUUCAAUAAAGUAACUACUGUACCUAUC